AUGGGCGACCACGAACUCUCCGCUAUAAAACAUAACGAGCAUCUCCUUCUCGACCAACCCCUACUCCGGCUUCCCUCCGAGCUUCUCCGAAAGAACUUUCGCGCCGCACACUUCACCAUCGAGAAGGAUACCUCGGCCCUCAAGACGCUGCUCAAAGACUCUGCCACGGCCGCCGUCUCCGGUCGCGCGUCCCAGCAAGAUGUCCUACGAAACAUCGACGCCAUGAUCUCCCGCAUGCGCGGCGUGAAGCGCAAGCUGUCUGCCAACGCUGCAGAAGAGUCCCGCCUACACACCCAGGCCGCCGCCCGCAUCUCCCACCUCGACGAGCUCUACGCCCUCGACUCGGUGGAGGAUGUCAAGUACGAGGCCUGGAGCAGGAAGAGGCUGGACCGCCUGCUGGCCGACUAUCUGCUGCGCCAUGGAUAUAAUGAGAGUGCAAAGGAGCUGGCGCAACAGCGUGGGAUUGAGAACCUCGUUGAUGUUGAUACCUUUGUUGCCGCGAGCCGCAUUCGUGAUGCCCUCUUGAAGGGAAGCGUCACCGAGGCUCUGGCAUGGUGCACAGACAAUAAGAAAGAGCUGCGGAAGAUGGAGAGCAAACUCGAGUUCAUGCUUCGCUUCCAACAGUACAUCGAGCUUGUCCGCUCCCAGUCUCCAAACAAGCUUGCCGAAGCCAUCGCCCACGCAAAGAAACACCUAACUCCCUACCGUGGAACCUUUCCUCGCGAAGUACAGCAAGCGGGUGGUCUGCUCGCUAUCCCACCAAACUCGCCCGCCUCUGCCGCAUACGAAGACCUUUACAAACCCUCUCGCUGGACUGACCUCGCCAACCUCUUUACAACCACGCAUAACCAGCUGCUUGCGCUGCCUGCCGUCCCGCUCCUUCAUGUCGCCCUCUCAUCCGGUCUAUCCGCCUUGAAGACUCCUGCGUGUCAUGCUCACUCUCCUGCACCCUCAUCGCAUACCCCCGCUCCCUCCGAAGCAGCCGCCGCCGCUGCUUCAACGCUCGGCCAUGGAGUCUGUCCCAUCUGCUCUACGGAGCUCAACGAGCUCGCACGCAACGUUCCAUACGCACAUCACACGCAGAGUCAUGUCGAGCAUGAUCUCCGGCUUCUCCCCAACGGCAGUGUCUACGGCAGAGACCGUCUCGAGAUGCAGGCCAAGAAGGCGGGUCUACCUGCGGACCAAAUCAAGGACUUGCGGACAGGCGAGACCUAUCCUCUUGACGCCUUGAAGAAGGUGUACAUCACUUGA